CUUCCUUCCCAGCUCUCCUUUGCCUGCCUCCUCCUCCUCUUCCUCCUGUAUGAGUCAGGCAUUUCCCGGGGACUUGGAGCAGCCACUCGCGGCCCGGGCGCCCGGUACUGUAGCAGCAGCCGCCGCGGUCACCGCGUUAGGAGCCCCAGCGCCGGGGCCGCCACCGCGGCGAGCACCCGAGUCCCGGGCGCACACGAACCAUGGAGAGGGCGGCCCAGGGCGCAGACGGCGGCGGGGGCAGCAAUAGCAGCAGUCGCAGCAGCAGCCGCGCCACCUCCGCGGGUUCCUCACCCUCCUGCUCCCUGGCGGGCCGGGCGGUCUCCAGCCGGUCGGCGGUAGCAGGGCUCGUUGGCGGGGGCAGCCGCAGCAGCCCAGGCUCGGUGGCCGCUAGUCCGUCCGGGGGAGGCGGCCGCAGGAGGGAGCCGGCGCUCGAGGGCGUGCUCAGCAAAUACACCAACCUCCUCCAGGGCUGGCAGAACAGGUACUUCGUGCUGGACUUUGAGGCUGGCAUCCUGCAGUAUUUUGUGAAUGAGCAGAGCAAGCACCAGAAGCCUCGAGGAGCCCUGUCUUUAGCUGGAGCCAUCGUGUCCCUGAGCGACGAAGCUCCCCACAUGCUGGUGGUGUAUUCUGCCAACGGAGAGAUGUAUAAACUGAGAGCUGCUGAUGCAAAAGAGAGACAGUUUUGGGUGACUCAGCUUCGCGCUUGUGCCAAAUACCACAUGGAGACGAAUUCUAAGAUGAUGAACCAGGUGGAAGGGCAGCAGAAGAGCCUCGUGCAUGCCAUCGAGUCUCUGCCGGGUUCCGGCCCCCUCACCGCCCUGGACCAGGACCUGCUGCUCCUGAAAGCUACCUCCGCCGCCACCCUCAGCUGCCUUGGGGAGUGCCUCAGCCUGCUGCAGCAGAGUGUGCACCAGGUGGGCCAGCCCAGCCACAAGCCUGCAGCCUCAGAAAACAUCCUGGGAUGGCACGGGCCCAAGUCACAUUCCACAGAGCCACUGAAAAAUGGGACCUUCGGCUCUUUGCCAUCAGCCAGUGCCAACAUAACCUGGGCCAUUUUACCAAACUCCGCCGAAGAGGAACAAGCCUUCCAGCCAGAGCCAGAGCCAAACUCAGGCCCUGAACUGGUUUUGUCCGAAGAUGAGAAAAGCGACACUGAAGAUAAGGAAGAGACCGAGUUGGGCGUCAUGGAGGACCAGCGCAGCGUGAUUCUUCAUCUCAUUUCACAGCUCAAACUUGGAAUGGAUUUGACCAAGGUGGUGCUUCCCACAUUCAUUCUGGAGAAGCGGUCCCUGCUGGAAAUGUAUGCGGACUUCAUGGCGCACCCGGACCUGCUGCUGGCCAUCGCGGCGGGAGCCACGCCCGAGGAGAGAGUCAUUGGCUUUGUGGAGUAUUACCUCACCUCCUUCCACGAGGGCCGCAAGGGGGCCUUGGCCAAGAAGCCCUACAACCCCAUCAUUGGUGAGACGUUUCACUGCUCCUGGGAAGUCCCCAAGGACAAGGUCAAGCCAAAGAGGACUGCUCCCCACUCUCCUCCUGGCCACCAACACCUGACGGCCAGUGACCCUUCUGAAAGCUACAAGCUAAGGUUUGUGGCUGAGCAGGUGUCCCAUCACCCACCUAUCUCCUGCUUCUACUGUGAGUGCAAGGAGAAGAAACUGUGCGUCAACACUCAUGUAUGGACCAAAAGCAAGUUCAUGGGCAUGUCCGUGGGGGUCUCUAUGAUAGGAGAAGGUGUGCUGAGGCUCCUGGAACACGGGGAGGAGUACGUGUUCACCCUGCCCAGUGCCUACGCGCGCUCCAUCCUCACCGUCCCCUGGGUGGAGCUUGGAGGAAAAGUCAGCAUCAGCUGCGCCAAGACGGGGUACUCAGCAACCGUGAUAUUCCACACGAAGCCUUUCUACGGAGGGAAAGUGCACAGGGUCACAGCAGAAGUGAAGCACAACCCAACCAACACCAUUGUCUGUAAGGCCCACGGGGAGUGGAACGGCACCUUGGAGUUCACCUACAACAGCGGAGAGACCAAAGUCAUUGACACGACCGCGCUGCCCGUGUGCCCUAAGAGGAUCAGGCCUCUGGAGAAGCAGGGGCCCAUGGAGUCCAGGAACCUCUGGCGGGAGGUGACUCGGUACCUGCGACUGGGGGACAUUGACGCUGCCACGGAGCAGAAGCGGCGCCUGGAGGAGAAGCAGCGGGUGGAGGAGCGGAAGCGGGAGAGCCUCCGCACCCCGUGGCAGCCCAAGUAUUUUACCCAGGAGGGUGAUGGCUGGGUCUACUUCAAUCCCCUCUGGAAGGCAUACUGAUGGCGUGGAGGUGCGGAGCCUUUAGAAAGAGGCCUCUUUUUGUAGGAAUUAAAGUGGUACAGUAUCGAGGUUCUGUUGGUACUCACUGAGACCUCUUGAUAUCGUUCAAGAAAUGGUACCUGAGAAGUUACAUACUGUGAAAAAUGAACCCCAGACUCUACUAUAGGAUUGAAUUUAUUCAAGAGCCAUUUGGGGCGUGUGUGGACAGUGGUGUGUGUGGACUCUUGGCACACUACAUGCUCACACACAUACAUUAUAUACACAUCUGCUGGGUAUUACACAUGUAAAUACUUCACUUAUUAAGAUUUAAGUGGGUAAUUACGGGCACCUUUUUAUCAAUGAGGUUCGACGUUUUCUAUUUCUCGCUUUGCCAAAAAUGUUUUGCACUCACAAAGGUAGUCAACUCCUGUCAAAACAAAAUUGAAUUGGCAUCACCCAGCUGACAUCUGAUGGAAAAUGGCUCAUUCCAAGUAGGUGGCUGUCAUUUCAAAAUUAUUGAUUCCCACCUCCCUCCCCACUUCGGCAUUUGUCCAUUCUCCAGAAAGAUAAACAGCUCCACUGAAUGAGCAGUGGGCAGGAAGCUAUUAAAGGUUUAGCGAGAGCCUUUCAGGAUGGAGCACCUCCGGGGGAACUUAGAAGCAGGCCCAUCUUGGAACUUUCCUCCCAUAAUUUCUCAUGCUCAAAGCACUAGUCAUACACUUUUUUCUGAAGCUGCUUUUACAGUAGAAAAUAAGUCAUACAGGAACUUCACACUACUUUUAUGAUGAAAAAAGGGCUUUAGAAGUUAAAUAAAUGCAUGCAUAUAGAACCAUGCACAACCACAGCCUCAAUCUUGUAUUUAGUUUGGGGAAAGAGAAAAGAAUAUCAUGUGCAUUUUUUUUAGUGCGCCUCUAUUGUUUGACCCAGACUCUUGAAGAAAACCACUGUGAUUAAAAUAAAGCCCGCCUAAGCGUUCCCUGGUUUCAGUUGAAUCUCAGUGUUCAGCCUUUACAAAUGAGGUCAAGACUUGACUAGAAUAUAAAGCAAGGGAGAAAAAAUGACACAUUUGAUUUUUGCUCAAUGCUUCAUUUAUUUUUUACUGUGCCACUCUGAGAAUAUUUAUAAAAUCCAGUAGCAUGAAUGCUUCUCUGUAGUAAUACUAAUUUUGUGCCUUUUGUCUGCUUUCUUAAGACCAAUUGUUCACACUUUGUAGAUAUUAGACAAAUAUAUUUCAAUUAAAUACUAUACCUAUCUGUGUCUGUUUUAUCUUCAGGGAUUAAAAAAUUCUGUUGGAAUUGGUGGCGCUAAAUAAGCUCAGAUUUUAUUGGUUAUUGUUAAUUUGAUGUGAACAAGCAAUCAUAUUUGCAUCAAAACAGUGUUUCACAUACAAUGAAAACUCUACCAGAUAAGCAUUUGUGGAUAUUGUAUGACAAGCUUGUAAGGGCAUUUGACUCACAUCCAGUGAAUGUUUUAUUUCAUGAGAAGUGAAUACUGGGCGGAGGAGUGAUACAGGCGUGGUGAUGUGCAUAGUAGUCUCAAAACACCUGGGCGAAUAAAAUGUUUGGAAGUAUUUUAUUGCUGAGAGAAAAAGCAGGAUAGAUGCUAUUUUGAGGGGAAAAAAUCCUCAGUGAGAAGACUGAAAAGUAAUCACUGGCAUUUUUAGAUUUUCCAGCCUUCAAACUAUAAACCAUCUGGUAAGUAAAACAUGGAGAAGGCUUGCUUUUCUUUUUUGGGGGGUGGUGGUGAUGAUAAGUGGGUGGGCUGACUGCUUUCUAAAAAGUGAAUAUUCACAAAAAAACCAUUAUUACAGUUCCAAGGAUAAUUAUAAGCACCUGUAUACCUACUUUUUAAGCAAAGACACCUGUUCAUCAGUAGCUUAAAAGCCAUGGCUGCAGCCCUACAAAAUCGUGCCCCCCCCCUUAACCCCAGGGGCAGCACCACCACCGUCCUGACUCCCAGAGCAAGUCACCCUCUUGGGUUUUGCUCUUCUGUCUCCAUAUUUACUUGUUUGAGCUAAUACUGUGUUUACAGAUCCAUGUCGUCAUGUGCUUUGUUGAUUUUUGUAUUUUUUACCCAUCAGACAGUAAUUCCCAUUCCACCCCAGUGCCUGAAACUGUUAGCAAUCACCGUUCUAUUUUUUUAUAAACUUGACUAAAUACACCCCAUGAGUAGAAAAAUACUAUACAUAUUUUGCGCCUGGCUAAUUUCACUUAGCAUGUGUCCCAGGUUCAUCAGAAUUUCCUUCCUUUGUAAGGCUGCAUAGUACAUACCAUUGUAUAUGAAUAUAUAGAUCUCCCAUUGUUUUUUUUUUUUUACCUAUCACAAAGACUUGGGUUUGUACUCUUGCCUAUUAUGAGGGCUGCUUGCUGGCAACACAGGAGUGCAAGUAUCCGAGUCCCUAUUUGGGUUCGUUGGGGAUGUGCCCCCAGACAUGGAAGUGCUGCAUCAGAUGAAGAGUCCAUGUUUCAUUUUUUGAGGACCUGCCACACUGUUGUCCAUAGUGACUAUACCAUUUUGCAAUUCCACUGGUAAUGCACAAGGGUUUGAAUUUCUCCAUUAUUUUCUUUUGUCUGUAAAAAUCAUUUUGAUGGGUGUGAAUCAGCACAUUCUUAUUGUGGUUUUGAUCUGCAUUUUCUAAUGAUUAGUGAUGGCAUCUUAUGUGUUUACUGCCCAUUUGUAUACCUUUGGAGGAAUGUCUUCUCAAGUUCCUUGCUAAUUUUCUAAUUGGGUUGUUUUAUGUAUUAUGUAUUGAGUUGUAGGAGUUUUUUAAAUUCUGGAUGUUAAUUCUUUAUAAAUGUUUUAUAUUCUCCCAGUCUUUGGGUUGCCUUUUCACUGUUGAUGGUACCCUUUGAUGUACAAAAGUAUUUAAUUUUGAUUACAUCUGAUUUUUUUUGUAGCUUGUGCUUUUGUUGUGAUAACCAAGUCAUUGCCAAAUCUAAUUUCAUGAUUUUCCCCAUUUUCUUUCAAGAGUUUUAGUUUUAGCUCGUGUUUAGUUUUUUUGGGGGGGGGUCCUGAAUUUUUGUAUACUAUACUGUGUUAGUCAAGAGCCCAACUUCAUUAUUUUGCAUAUGGUUUUCCUGAUUUCCUAGGACCAUUUGUCUUGGGAGUAAGGGAGGAUCUCCUCUCCCCAUUGAACAUUCUUAUCAAUUAUUUGACCAUCUAUGCAAGGGUUUACUCCUGGACUCUCUAUUCUGAUCCACUGGUUUACAUCUAUCAUUAUGCCAGUACUAUACUGUUUUAUUAUGGCUUUGAAGUUCUAAAAACAGGAAGUGUGAGCCUUUAAACUAUUUUCAAGAUUGUUUUAGCUAUUAGGGGUCCCUUGAGAUUCCAUGUGAAUUUUAUAUUUUCGUUAAAAACAUUACUAAAAUUGAUGAAGCAUUGCACUGACUCUGUAGAUUGCCACAUGUAGUACUGCCAUCCUAACAAAUGUAUCUUUCAGUGCAGUGGAUGUCUUUUCAUUAUCUUCUGUUUCUUUUGGGGGUGUUUUGUAGUUUUCAAUGUAUAUGUCUGUCAUCUCCUUAGUUUACUCCAGUAGUUUACUGUCUGAUAUUAUUACAUAAGUAAUCGUUUCUCAUUUUCCUUUUGAGAUUGUUCAUUGUUGGCAAUGUAUAAACAACUGAUUUUUAUUUGUUGAUUUUGUAUCUAGCAACUUUGCAGGAUAUAUUCUGUCAUUUUUAGGGUUUUAUAAAUAUAAACAGAUAAUUUCACUUCCUUUCCAGUUUGAAUGCCUUUUAAAAGAAAAUUUAUCCAAGUAUUGGCAGUUCUAGCCAGGUCAAUUGGACAAAGUGGAAAAGCUGGUAUCCUGUCUUGUUCAAUUUUAUGUCAUUGUGUAUGGCUGUGGCUUUUUCCUAUGUGACCUUCAUGUUGAGAUGUUUUCUAUUCCUAGUUGACUUUAUCAUGAAAGGUGCUAAAUUUUGUCAAGUGCAUUUUCUGCGUCUGCUUUCAGGGAUGGCCAUUCUUUUGGCAUCUCUGUACCACAAUGGAAGGAAGAGUUGUCUUGGGCUAUACAUUAAAUACAUUGUGACACGUAAUCUCAAAAAUAAUCGUAAUGUUUUAAGUGAAUUUAUUAUUUUGUUUGGACCACAGGUUGGACACCCCUGAUCUUAGAUGAUCAUGUUUCCCCCUCACUUUGUCCUGUUAGUGUAUGGUGCGUUACAUUGGUUUUGUAUGUUCAAUAUCCCUCCAAGACUAAACCCUGCUGUCAGGGUGUGUAAUCCUUUCCAUGUGCUGUUGAAUUUGCCUUGCUAUUUAUUGUAAUGAGGAUUUUUGCAUCAGUAUUCACAAGGCGUAUCAUUCUGUAAUUUUCCUGUUGUAUCUUUAUCUGACUCAGGUAUUGGGGUAACGUUGGCCGUGUACAAUGCGUUAGGCAGUGUUUCCUAUUCUUCCAAAAAUUUUUUUUGGAAGAGUUGAGAACAGGUGUUGAUUCUUCUUUGAAUGUGUGGUAGAAUUCAGCAGUGAAGUGAUCUGUCCCUGGGCUCUUAUCUGUUGGAACUUUCCGCACCCCCCACACCCAUUACUGAUCCAAUCUCCUCCUAGCUAUAGGCCUUGUUCAUAUUUUGUUCUUUCAUGAUUCAGUUUUAGUCUUGGUAUGUUUCCAGAAAUUUGCCCUUUUCAUUUAGCAUAUUCAGUUUGUUGAUACACAACUGUUCCUCAUACUUGUAAUUUUUCAUUUCUACAAAAUGGGAAAUACUGUCCCCACUUCUUUUUCUUAGCCUUUUUGUCAAUUUUGUUAACCUUUUUGAAGAACCAACUCAUGGUUUCUCUGUUUUUCUAUUUAUCUCAGCUGUAAUAUUUUAUUAAUUCCUUCUGCUAGUUUUGGAUUUACUGUUUGUUUUUUCAGUCCCAAACAGAUUCUGAGUUCACUGAUUUGAGACCUUCACAAAUGUUGAGCAUUUACAGGUACUAUAUACUUCCUCUUAGCACUGCUUUUGCAGCAUCCCCUACAUUUUGGUUUUUAUUUUCAUUUAUUUCAAGAGUUCUAAUUUGUCUUAUUUCUUCUUCGACCCAUUUGGUGUUAUUUAAUUUAUAUAUAUUUGUCGAUUUCUCAGUUUCUGCUAUUUUCUGGUUUCACUGCAUUGGCUAGAUGAGAUACUUUGUAUGAUUUUAGUUUUAAAAUUCACUGACUUGUUUGGGGGCUCACAUAUAAUUAAGUCCUAGAGAAUGUUCCAUGCACACCUGAGAAAAAUGUGUCUGCUGUUGUUGGAAGCUAUACAUAUGUUAAGUCCAGGUGGCAUAUAUUGUUGUUUAAUCCAUUAUUGAUACUG